AUGAAAUCUUUGCCAGCAACACGCCACACCGCCGAACUGCAGUACAUUGUCGAGCAAACUCCAACCGUCCUGUCUAGGCUUCUACGAUAUCCUUGUGUCCUCUUUGCUGCACUGCACGAAACACGCACGAGAAAUCGGCCCCUCGUCGGCGUCGAAAAUUACACCAUAUACUGCGGCGAUGCUGAUGAGAAGAAAGUAGGUGGCUGUGCGAUGGCUGUGAGGAACGAUCACAACACUCUGGUGGAGGAAUUUGGCUCAACGUCGUCUAGAUGCUUCGACUAUGUACGGUUUCCGUAA